AUGAGAGGCUCGACGAGCCGACCAACACCGGAGGUCCAGUGGAUCGCCAACGAUGGCAAGCCGAUUGAGGAUUCGAAGAAGAUGAAGAUCGAGACGACACAACUCAACACGGUGCUCACGAUCAAUGGCAUCGAUUCAAGCGAUCAAGGCGAAUUUACAUUGAGAGUCAAAAAUCGAUGCGGCGAGGACAAAUAUUGUAUUGGAAUUCAGGUCACCGAUCGGCCGUGUGCCCCUGGCAAACCUGCCGUCGAGGAUCAGAAUGUCGACUCGGUUCGCCUUCGAUGGGCGGCGCCAACCAAUGAUGGCGGCUCGCCGGUGAGAAACUACACGGUUGAAAUGGCCAAGGAGAAGGAGAACAUCUGGACGAAGGCCGAAGUCACGAAGCAGACGUUCAUCUCAUUGUUCAAUCUGGUCGCCGGUGAGACGUAUGUGUUCCGCGUGCGCGCCGACAACACGUUCGGACAAUCGGAUCCAUCGGAGAUCUCUGAUCCGGUGUUCGUCAAAGACGUGAGCCGGACUGUUGAAGAGCCGAAGAAAAAGAAGGCUAGCGUGAAAGAGCACGACGAGUCGAUUGACUAUGAGAAGGCUUCCAACGAAUCGGGACCAACGGAAUACAAAACUGUCGAUAUUCAUCGGCUUCCGAACGAUCUGCAAUCAAAGUAUAUCAUUCAUGAGGAGCUCGGAAAGGGCGCCUAUGGAACGGUUUAUCGCGCCACUGAAAGAGCCACUGGAAAGACAUGGGCGGCGAAGAUGGUCCAAGUUCGGCCGGGUGUGAAGAAGGAGAAUGUUAUUCAUGAGAUCUCGAUCAUGAAUCAACUCCAUCAUGACAAACUCCUCAAUUUGCACGAAGCAUUCGACAUGGGCAACGAGAUGUGGCUCAUCGAGGAAUUUGUUUCCGGUGGCGAGUUGUUUGAGAAGAUUCUUGAAGACGAUUCCCUGAUGAGUGAGGAAGAAGUGCGAGACUACAUGCAUCAAAUCCUUCUCGGUGUUCAGCACAUGCAUCACAAUCAGAUAGUCCAUCUCGAUCUCAAGCCAGAGAACAUUCUGCUCAAAUCGAAGAACUCCACCGAAUUGAAGAUCAUCGACUUUGGACUUGCUCGAAAACUUGAUCCGAAGAAGAGCGUGAAACUUCUGUUCGGAACUCCGGAGUUCUGCGCGCCAGAAGUCGUCAACUAUCAACCCGUCGGCCUCUCAACCGACAUGUGGACAGUUGGCGUCAUCUCAUACGUUUUGCUAUCCGGUCUCUCGCCAUUCCUUGGCGAUAACGAUGAGGAGACAUUGACGAACGUCUCCGCCGCCGAUUGGGACUUUGACGAUCCGAGUUGGGACGAUGUCUCAGAUCUCGCCAAAGACUUCAUCUGUCGAUUGAUGAUCAAAGACAAGAGGAAGAGGAUGAGUGUGCAAGAUGCGCUCAGACAUCCAUGGAUUACGGUAAGCUAUUUUUGUAGCAAUGGUCCGUUAUUGUCCGCGUUCAAUGAUUUGUCUGAAUAUGUCAAGAAGAUGCAACCCAAGCCUGACAAGGGUCCACUUCCAGCUCGCCAGAAGAGAAACUUCUUGUCUCUUAAGAGAUGGUCCGAUGAUCUUCUUCCUAUUGGACGCCUCGCCAAGCGGGGAGCUAUUUUCCGCCGUUUGACAAUGGAUGGUGUGUUCGAGCGCAAGAUCUCAUUUGAUACUGACACCGCUCCAAGUAUUAAGAAGAAGCUUGACGAUAUUGUCGCCAAUGUUGGAGACCUCAUUGCGACAUUGUCGUGCGAUCUUGAAGGCACCCCAAUGCCAAAAAUUGCUUGGUUCAAAGAUGGCAAAGAGCUUCAAGUUCCAUCCAUCAAGUACGACUCGUUCUACAAUGAGGGACUUGCGGAGCUUACGAUCAAGAAUAUUGUUGACACCGAUGCUGGCAAGUAUACGUGCCGUGCAACGAAUGAUCUCGGAAGUAUUAUGACUCAUGCCAAGUUGUCGGUUCAAGGAGAAGCCGCCAAGAAGAAGAGCAAGGCGGAGACACUGCCGGCGACGUUGGAGAAGAAGAAGAGGGCAACCAAGAUUGUUGAGCCGGAAGACAAGGUUCUCAAUAUGCCGCCAAGCUUCCAUCACACAUUGAAGGACGAUGAAGCCAAAAUCGGAGAAUCGAAGAUUCUUGUGGUUACGAACACGACGCUGCCUGAACCCAUUGUUGAAUGGUAUCUCAACGGCGAUCAAAUUGCGAUCAACGACAACAAUUAUCUCAAGAAGCAUGACAAAGGACGAUACGAGCUCCACAUUCUCAGCGUUAGCGCUUCUGAUGAAGGCCAAUGGAGGGCUGUUGGAAAGAAUGCCUAUGGUGAAUGCGAAAGCGAGGGCUAUUUGAAGGUUAUUGUGCCCGAUGGCCAAUUCGCGCCAACUUUCGGCAAAGAGCUCACCGACAUCAAGUGCUCGGAAUCGGAAAUUUUGAAGCUCGAAGUCAACAUUGAGGCGAAUCCGGCGCCGGAGAUCAGCUGGUUCCGCAAUGACGAUGAGAUUCAACAUUCGCAACGACAUCGUCUUCAAUUUGACGAUGGAAGCGGCAACUAUUCAUUGACAAUCAUCGAUGCUUACGCGGAAGACAGCGGUAACUACAAGUGUGUGGCCAAGAAUAAAAUCGGAAAGGCUCACACCCUUUGCUGUGUUCGAAUUGAGGAGCUCGUCGCCAAGCAGAGCAAGAAGAUUGACAAGAGCAAAGCGCCGCGAUUCCGAAUGCAGCUUCCGACGCCCAGAGAAGUUCCGCAAGGAAGUGAUUUGACGCUGGUUUGCUCGGUGUCUGGAACUCCACACCCCAACAUCAAGUGGAUGAAGGAUGACCAGCCAGUCGACAUGUCGAAUAAACAAAUGAAGCAUGAGAAUGGUGUGUGCACCCUUCACAUCAUGGGUGCUCGCGCCGAGGAUCAAGGAAGGUAUGUGUGUGAGGCUGAGAACAUUCACGGAGUCGCACAGUCAUUCUCGAUUGUCGAAAUCAAGGAAGCGAUCGACAAGGAUCAUUCGAAGCCGAAGUUCGUUGAGCAACUUGUCAAUUGCUCGACCUGCGAAGGCAACGAGAUUGUUCUCGAAUGUUGCGUUACCGGAAAACCGAUUCCAACUGUCUCUUGGUACAAGGAUGGUUUGAAGAUGAUCAUUGAAAACCGCAUGCUUCAAUACACCGAUCGCAAGGGAGUUGCUCGAUUGAACAUCAUGAAUGUUGUGAUCGACGACGCGGGAGAAUACACGUGCGAGGCUGUGAAUAACCUUGGAAAAGACUUUACUCAUUGCACAGUCAAAGUGGUGGAUAUGGGAUUGACGAAAUCACGACUAACUCCUGUUCGAAGCCGAAGCCGAAGCCGCAGUAGAUCACCAUCAGUGUUGACUCAAGAAGUCAAUCGACCGCCAGUUGUCACUCGACCACUGGCCGACGCCACGGUUGUGGAAGGCAAUCGCGAGCUGCUCGAAGUUGAAGUCGACGCAUUCCCAACACCAACGAUUGAAUGGUAUCACGAUGGCAAACUUGUCGCUGAGAGCCGAACGUUGCGCACAUAUUUUGACGGAAGAGUCGCGUUCUUGAAGAUCUAUGAAGCGCACGACGAGCACAAUGGACAGUACGUGUGCAAGAUUUCCAACAAGCAUGGAUCCGUCGAGACACGCGCCACGGUUGUCGUCGAGAAGUCGAGUGAGCACAGCGAGCACGUCAAACAGAUGCCGACGUUCGUUAAGAAGAUUCAAGAUGUUGUUCUGAAGAAGUCUGGAGAAACCGCGACGUUCACUUGCCAAUCGCGUGCUGAUCCGACUCCGCAGAUUGUGUGGCUUCACAAUGGAAAAGCGGUGAACGAUUCGAAUCGGUACAAGAUCAGAAUCUUUGAUGAUAAUACCUCGACUCUUGUCAUUGAUAAUGUCUCUGACGAGCUCUGUGGAACCUACACCGCAGUGGCGACGAAUCAAUUCGGUGAUAUUCACACGUCGGCAGAAUUAAGCAUUGCUGGAAAUGAGCCGAUGAUCGCCGUGGCUUCUUUGCCGUACUUCAUUGUUGAGCCGAAAGCAAAGUACAACGUUCCGGAAGGAUCGACGUUAACCAUCUCCACGGAUUUGAACGGAUCUCCGAAACCUGAUGUUAUGUGGUUGAAGGACAACCAAGAGAUUGUUGCAACGGACCGAAUUCAAUUCAAGAAUGAGGGUGUCAACUAUCAAUUGAUUGUAACGGAUAUUGCGCAUGGAGAUGAAGGGACCUACACGAUUGCGGUCGAAAAUGAAAAAGGCAAAAUUCGGCAAAACUCAGAAGUCGCCAUAAUCAAGAAGGCCGAAACCAAAGAAACGAAGGAGAAGAAGAAGGUCGACAAGAAGAAAGAUGAGAAGAAGCCCGGACGACCUGGAUUGCCUAGACCAACGAACGUGAAAACCGAUAGAGUGACGAUUGCCUGGGAUAGAGCACCAUCUGAUGAUGCGCCUUCUUAUAGCUAUGAAGUCGAGCAGAGAAGUCCAGAUCAGCGUUCGUGGAAAUCGGUCGGAAGCACGGCGAACAAUGAGAUCGACGUCAAGAAUCUCGAGGCGAACACCGAAUACAUUUUCCGAGUUGCCGCAAAGAACAAGACGGGCCAAAGCGAAUGGGCCGAAACGAUUGAGACCGUCAAGACAUUGCCUGAUGGAUCAGCUCCACAAUUCACACAGUUGCCGGAAUCUCGAAUCACGAUCAAUAAAGAGGAGCAAGCCGAACUGCGAACUGAGUUUGACGGGAAACAACCGAUUGCUGUGAAAUGGUAUAAGAAUAAUAUGCAAGUUCAAGAGGAUGAGAACGCCUCAAUCCAAACGACUUCAACCUCGUCGAUCUUGACAUUGAAGAGCCACGAAGAAGAUUCCAUCUACACUUGUCAUAUUGAAAACGAUCUUGGCCAUGCCUCCACAUCAAGCCAUGUGGUUGUCCUCAACCGUCCGACAUCUCUAAAGUCAAUCCCUGAUCAGUCAUUGGAAAGAAACAUCGUUCCCGUCAUUCAGAGGCCGUUGAUUAAUGAAACCGCUCAAAGCGGCCAACAAAUUGUGCUCAACUGCAGAAUCUCAUCGAGAUCUCAUCAUUCGAUUGCUUGGUUCAAAGACGGAAAUCGCGUCGAGUCAACUGGAAGAUAUGAGUUGAGCAGCGACAAAAAGGGCAACCACAAGCUGGUCUGCCACGCUGUUCAAGCCGCAGAUUCUGGAGUGUAUCGUUGUGUCGUCACCAACAGCUACGGAUUUGCUGAGAGCGAAUGCGAGGUGAAAGUUGAAGAUGCUAGCAAGUUCACCGCUCCGGUAAUCAAGAAGCUUCUCGAAGACGUCACAGUGAUUGCUGGACGUGAUCUUUCAUUGGAAUGUGUUGUUGAAGGAUUCCCGAUUCCCGAGGUCACCUGGUCAAAAGAUGGAAAGACAAUCUCAACAACUCGUCGCAUCAAGCAAACGCAAAAUGACGAUGGAGUCUGCACUCUUGUUAUUUCGAAAUGUGAAGCCGAAGAUACUGGAGUCUAUGUGUGCUCGGCAACGAAUGUCGCUGGUGUCGAUUCGACAUCUUCAAUGAUCAUGGUCGCCAGAGCAACAGGAAGCGAUUCCCAUUUGGUUAUUGCCGACUCUAUUGAAGAAAGACAAGAGAAGCCGCGAUUCAUCAGAGCGCCACCGUCUCUCAUUGAAGUCAAUGAAGGAGGUCAAUUCACACUGGUCGCCAAGGCCGUCGGUGAGCCAAAACCGAUGGUAACGUGGCUGAAAGACGGCCGCGAGAUUCUUCGAACCAAUCGCAUCUAUCGUCAUUUUGUCACCGGUGAUGGCGAAAGCCAUCUGACGGCUGAAUGCGUCGUCUCAAAAACGUCUGGAAUCUUCAGUUGUCGAGCCGAGAACACCAACGGUGAAGUGAUCGCUGAAACUCAAGUCAUCGUGCAGAGGAAGAAGUCGAUUCACGAUGCGUCGAAUGUUGCGCCAGCGUUCACGACGAAACUCACUGACAUGGGCAUUGUCAAUGGUCAUCCGGCGGUGUUGAGCUGCUAUGUCACUGGUGUUCCAGAGCCGACAGUCGAAUGGUUCUAUAUCGACGAUUAUGGAAAGAAGACCAAUCUUUCUACGUCAGAUACAAGCUGGUUGGAGUGCCGAUUCGGACAGGUCGCUGAAAUCAAGUCAGAAAGGGUUAUGCGCGAUCAACGAGGCACCUACAAAUGCGUCGCGACCAAUUCCAGUGGUCAGGCCUCAACGGAAUGCUACCUUCUUGUCGGAGAACUCUCCGAUGAGCCAGCUGGACCUCCACGUUUCGUGAAGUGCCUUCAUGAUAUCUGGACUCCGCUGAGCCAGACGAUCGAGUUCACCGUGGAGGUUGCCGGGUACCCAAUUCCAGAUCUCAUCUGGUACCACAAUGAGAACAAAGUUGUUGAAGGACGGAAUCGAAAGAUCUCGUUCCCAACCGAUACAUCAAGCCGUCUCCGCAUCAGCAAUGUUGCCCUCAAGGAUCUCGGUAUGUACUACGUCGAGGCAUCGAAUAUUCAUGGAGUUUUGCGAACUGCCGGUCGCCUGAACGUCGGCGAAGCGAAACAAUCAGAGCCGCCACAGUUCAAGCAUGUUCUUGAACAGAUUGUGGCAGUUCAGCCAAAAGUCGCCUUCUCGGAACAGAUCCCGCGAACCGCGUCGUCAGCGAAGAUCGAGAGCAAACGAAAGGGAGCUGCGCCCAUGUUUGUUCAAGGUCUCGAAGAUAUGGAUCUGAAGGCUGGCGAUUCGGCCGCCGUUGCCGGAAAACUUGGAAGGAAGCUGCGUCCUCACAAGCAUUCCGGUAGGAAUGCUGAGAAGUUGGCGAAAGCGCUGGCCAACUCAUUGAGACUCGACGAUCCGAGACAAUCCACUGAAAGUCGUCCGGAAAGUGCUAUCGCCACCGCUUUGGACGAAGUUCGCGCUGCGAUCCAUUCAAGAAAUAAGCGAAUCUGCCGUCCAAAAUUCCUGGUGAAGCCGAAACCCAAGAAGGUCCUCGAGGAAUACAAAUCGCUGCGUCUUAAAACCGCUGUGUCUGGAAAUCCACUUCCCGUCGUUCAUUGGGACAAAGACGGGGUUAUUCUGGAGACUGGCAACAAAUAUUCUAUCUAUAAUGAUGGUGAUUUCUACUAUUUGGAGGUUCAUCACGUUUCGAUGUUCGACAAGGGAUUCUACAAUUGUACUGCUGCUAACGAUGAAGGAAUCGCCACUUGCACUUCAGAGAUCGAUGUUGUCGUCAACACCGAUGAUUCUGCCGCGCAACAGGCCAAACGAAAAAGUCGAAAGGAAACCAAAGCACCGACAUUUAUUGAAGUCCUGCCGGGAAAGAUCAAGGCAAAUCCAAACGACAGUAUAACUGUCGAAUGUUCAAUCAACGCAUACCCAUGCGCGACUAUUCAAUGGUUCCGAAACUCAGUGCCACUUCUACCACAACCUGAUCGAUACAUCAUGUCGUAUGAUGGCGAAUGCGCGACGUUGAAAUUCUGCUCAAUAAGCUCAUCGGAUGAGGGAACGUAUUGUUGCGAAGCAAUCAACGAAAUUGGAACUACCAAAUCGCAGAUGAACCUCGAAGUUGGCGGUGUGGAUCCAAAUGCUGCUGAUGGAAUCCCGCCGCUCUUCCGGUUCGAGAAGAUCAAAUCUGUGCGCAAGGUGGUCGACGGAUGUCGUGUCGAGUUAGCUGCUGAACUCGUGCAGGCCUCCGAGCCACUUCAAAUUCGUUGGCUUCGCAAUAAAGUCACAGUUGUUGAUUCUCCAUCCUUCAGCUAUUCGAGAUCCGAGAAAAUGGUGUUCCUCACAAUUGCCGACGUCUUCCCGGAAGACGGAGGUGAGUACACCGUCGAAGCGAAAAAUCAAUAUGGAACCGCGAAAUGCUCCAUGCAACUUGAUGUUCGAAGCAACGAACGAUCGGUAGCCGAUGAAGCGCCCCGAAUUUUCGACUACGAACGCAACGUGCGCGUCGAUCCUGGCUCAAGUGCCGAACUUCGAGCCAAGGUCAUCGGGCACCCGGAUCCUGUGAUCACAUGGGCCAAAUCCGAUGUCACCCUGAUCAAUGAGGAUCGAUAUAUGAUGCGAAACGAGGGUGACACAUUCAUUUUACGCAUCAAGAAUGUCACACGAGCUGACAAUGGAAAGUACAAAAUCACUGCGCUGAACGCCUCCGGGCAAUCAAGCGCCGAUCUCGAACUCACCGUUGUUCAAUCAACAAAAAGUGUUGGCGAAAAGCCACGAUUCAAUGAAUCUCCGAUUUCUGUGCAGACGCGCGAGAAGAAUAGAGCCGAGCUGCGGGCUUCAUUUACUGGCGUACCUGUACCGACAUGUCGUUGGUUUUACAACGGCAAUGAACUUCUCGAUGGACUCGAUGGCUACACAAUCACCACAACUGAUGCCGAGUCGUCGUUGAUCAUCAAUUUUGUCGAGAAGAAUCAUUUUGGUGAAUAUUUAUGCACAAUUCGCAACACGAACGGCGAAGAGCUCGCGAAUGCGAUGAUUCUAUCGGAAGGCUCAUCUGCUGCACUCCCUUCAAGAAGAACUACGAGUCGACGAUAG